CCUAUUAUGGAUGACAGGAGAGGGCAAAGGCUUUUCUUGGCUGGCUGCGCAUAGUACAGACGUAAUGUCGCACUUGGCCCACGUCUUGCGUGUGUAUUUUAAAUCCGCCUUUUCUCUCAUGCUCGGAGAAUGACUUGAUCAUUAAAUCAGCGGUCCUUUGGUCAAUCUAACCGACUUUUCCUCUCCUCCAAGGCCUUUAAACAGAUCGACAUCCCUCCCUCUCACCUCUCCCCUGCCAACUACACACCCAGAUCCAGCUACUAGAAAGAGCGUGAAAGAGCAAAUGAUCACCUCAAUCAAAGUCGACGACGACAACGACAACGGAACGCAUCCACCGAACAAAACAACAUGGCUCACCGCCAUCCAAGCAUUCCUACGCUGGGCAGUCACCCCGCUGGGCUUCUGCAUCACCAUCUACGGCCUGAACGUGGUCGCCUGGGGCGGCAUGCUUUUCCUGCUGCUGUGCAAUGCGGCGCCGGCGAUGUGCCACCCCAGCUGCGACGCCCCGUACUCGGCGCGCCGCAUCUGGAUCGAGAUCGACUCGCAGAUCCUCAACGCCCUCUUCUGCGUCACCGGGUUUGGCCUAGCGCCCUGGCGGAUUCGGGAUCUGUACCUGUGGUGUCUCUGGCGUCUCGGUCGCUCGUCGCGCACUCGUCAAGGGGGACUGGUCCGGCUUGCGGAGAUCCAUGGCAAGUGGUUUUGCGGGACGGCGGUCCCCGUAGAUGAAGACGAGGAGAAGGCGACUGCGGGGGCGGCGGCCCCAGCAGCAGCAGCAGCAGGAGCUGCUGCUGCUGCUGCAACAGAAGCUCACCGCACCCCCACCCCGCUGUGGAAGAUGGAUGUGGUGGUCUGGGGCAACUUCCUCAACUCCAUCUUUCAGGUCUGUCUGGCCGUGUGCAUGUGGGCGAUGGACCGGUUCCACCGGCCCAGUUGGACGACGGGCCUGUUCGUGGGCCUGGCUUGUUCGGUUGCCGCGGGCGCGGGGGUUGUUAUGUGGUUGGAGAAGAAGCGCAUCCAUAAGGCUAGCGAGCACCCUGGGGCGCUGUUGUUGGUGCCCCCAAGUGCCGGCGCUGCCAGCCCUGGGAAUGGCUAUAUGCAUCUGGAUCGGGGAGCGUUGUCAUCUUGAUAUUUUUCCGGUUGAUAGAUUGCUCUGGGGGUUUUCCUUGAUUUCUUUUUACAGCGAACGGAAAUCUGUUUUGCUUGAUGAUUCUUUCUGAUGUUUUUUUUUGUUGGUGAUCACAUGGAGCUACGGUACCUAUCUCUGCGGGAUUUACGAUAUAACUGCCGCUCGGGGAGUCACUCUUUCGCUUGAGGGUAUUUUGAG